AGAAGCAGAUGUUUUACUUGCUUAUGAGAUGAAUGGAGAGUGUGUAAUUUGUUCUUUAGAGGAUGUGAAUGCUGUAAAGCCUGGAAAGUGUUAUGAGUGUUCAUCUGACGAGUUCAAAGUCUUUGGUUGGAGUAGCUGGAGUUGCAUAAGAGAUUCAAAAGAAGAAGCUUUGACAUAUCUUUUGGGAUCGAUCGAGCUUUUUCCAUCCUUCGUGCCAACUGGUCUACUUCAUUCGCAAAAGGUGCCAAGGAACUCACAUCCUUGCUCCAUUUUGUUGUUGUCGCGUAAUGAUCGAAGCUUUUCGUGGCUUCGUCGAUCACUGCCUAUGCUUGGCUUUCAUCGGUGAUCAGGUUGCUUGUGGGAUUCAUGUGUUUUGACGCAGCAAUUAUUCUCCUGGAGAGCACCAUCAUUUGUUGACGCAGCAGUCUUUCACCAGGAG